GAGAAAGUGUGGGGAAAUAAAAAAUAAAUAAUUUAUUUAUUACCCAAAACAAAAGUCUUUGGAAAUUCAGUCCCUUUGUUCCCAUCUUUUUCCGCUUGCGUACGCGGAUUCGGCCGAAAUUAUUAGCAUAAUCGACUCCUAAAUUCAUCUCUUUCUUAACUUGUUUUCAUUCCUACUUCUUUAAACGUUCAAAUUUCUUCACUCAACCACCGCGAAACUGUUUCAUAGCAUGCCACCACCGUUUCCAAACCCAGAAAAUACUUUCCCGGUAAAAAUUUCACCCUUCCAAAUUUCUCCCCUUUCCUUGCGGAACCCAUUCCUUUCCUGAAACCAGCAUCAGGGUCGCUGCGAGUUCAGAUAAAGAAGCACCUCCGAUGGCUUCAGCGGCUAUAUUUUCGUCGCUUCGACGGCGCCGGUCGCCAUCGCUGGAGGCGUUUCUUGUGCCAGUUGACCUCUCUGAGGUGGCGCUGCUGGAGACACUUAUCUCCGUCUCCGGAGACGUCGUAUCCUGCUUCUCCGACAAUCGGUUCCCCUUCCAGCGCCGGAACUCGCGUGCCCUCGUAGGAAAAGUAGAGAUUUUCCGGUCAAUGUUAGAGUGCUUGAGAGACUCUGCUGACGGUGGCGUUCUAACCCCCACGGCGGUGCUGUGCUUAAAGGAGCUUUAUUUGCUACUGUAUCGCUCUAAGAUUCUUCUUGAUUACUGUGCCCGAUCGAGCAAGCUGUGGCUCUUGCUUCAGAACCAUUGUGUGUCUGGUCACUUCCAUGACUUGUGUCAAGAAUUUUCGACCCUUUUGGAUGUUUUUCCCGUUGGAGAGAUUGGACUCAGUGAUGACGUUAGGGAACAGGUUGAGUUGUUGCAGAGACAGUCCAAAAGGGCUAAGUUGUUCGUAGAUAAGAAAGAUGACGCCCUUAGGAUAAGGUUCUUUUGGUUUCUGAAUGAAUUUGAAAGUGGGAGGGUUCCUGAUUCUAAGGACUUGAGGUGUUUCUUUGUUGAUAAGUUGCAGAUGCUCGAUGCUAAGAGUUGUAGGGUGGAGGUUGAGGCCUUGGAGGAGCAGAUUGUGAACCACGAGGGUGAUGUUGAGCCAACAGUUCCUGUGCUUAAUGGGAUGGUGGCUAUCACAAGGUAUUGUAGGUUUUUGUUAUUUGGGUUUGAGGAAGAAUUGGAAGUUGAAAGUCAGAAGAGAGCGAGGAAGAGGUUGAUUACCCAGGAAAUUGCGGAAACGUUUUUUACGGUUCCUAAGGACUUUUGCUGUCCGAUAACCUUGGACUUGAUGUGUGAUCCUGUAAUAAUUUCUACUGGUCAAACUUAUGAUAGGAGGUCUAUAUGGAGGUGGAUGGAGGAGGGGCAUUGCACUUGUCCCAAAACUGGGGUACUGCUUUCUCAUAACAGGCUUGUUCCUAAUCGUGCUCUUAGGAAUUUGAUUAUGCAAUGGUGCAGCGCACAUGGAGUACCCUAUGAUCCACCUGAGGGGGUUGAUCCAUCAGUUGAGAUGUUUGCAUCAGCUUGUCCCUCCAAAGCUUCCCUUGUAGCUAACCGAGAGACGGCCAUGCUUCUCAUUCAGCAGCUUGCUGAUGGGUCGCAAGUUGCAAAGACUGUGGCUGCCAGGGAGAUAAGAUUGCUGGCCAAAAAUGGAAAGGAAAACCGUGCCUUCAUUGCGCAAGCUGGGGCAAUUCCUCAUCUUAGGAAGUUGCUUUCCUCUCCUAAUGCUGUUGCACAGGAGAAUUCUGUGACUGCACUGCUCAAUCUGUCCAUUUUUGAAAGAAAUAAGAGUAUGAUCGUGGAGGAAGGGUGUUUGGGGUCAAUUGUUGAGGUGUUGCAAUUCGGGCACACGACUGAGGCAAGGGAGAAUGCUGCUGCAACAUUGUUCAGCCUAUCUGCUGUCCACGAGUAUAAGAAACAAAUUGCGGAUAAUGUGGGAGCUGUUGAAGCAUUGGCAUGGUUGUUGCAAGAGGGAACUCAAAGGGGGAAGAAGGAUGCUGUCACAGCAUUAUUUAAUCUCUCCACCCAUACUGAGAAUUGUUUGAGAAUGAUAGAGGCAGGGGCAGUGAAAGCUAUGGUCUUGGCUUUGGGGAAUGAAGGAGUUUCCGAGGAAGCAGCUGGUGCCUUGGCCUUGAUUGUUCGGCAGCCUAUUGGCGCCAUGGCAGUUGUGAGGGAGGAAGCAGCAGUAGGUGGAUUGAUAGGAAUUAUGCGUUGUGGAACGCCAAGAGGUAAAGAGAAUGCAGUUGCAGCUUUGCUGGAGCUGUGCAGGAGUGGUGGUGCAGCGGCAACUGAGAGGGUGGUUAGGGCGCCUGCCUUGGCCGGCUUGCUUCAAACCUUACUUUUCACAGGGACAAAGAGGGCAAGAAGAAAGGCAGCUUCACUUGCUAGAGUGUUUCAGAGAUGUGAAAAUGCAUCUCUGCAUUAUGGUGGAUUGGGUGUGGGUUAUGCAUUUGCUAGCGAUUCAGCUUCAACCAGGAAUACUACAAGCUUUGUGAGUGAUGUUUCACUUCCAAUGUCCAUUUCUGUUCCUGUUUUAUGAUAGUGGUAAUACUCAUUUCCCAUGUUUCUUGCGUUCAUGUUUUUUUGUAACUCUAUUCAUUCUUUCGUUGACAUUUAAUGUCAACAAGUAUAGAAAUACCAGAUGUAUUCAGAGAAGGAUGUGUUGUUGAGCAGUUAGCUUCAACCCAUGUGUAAUCUGUUUUUGCAAGAACGAAUACAAAAUGCUCGAAAAUGGAAUUAUUAGACCA